AUGGGAAUUUUCAAAUUUUCCACAUGGUUAGCAGAAAAGUAUCCAACAGUUAUUCAACCAUCCAUUCCGGUCGAUAAUCUUUAUCUGGAUUUAAACGAAAUCAUUUAUGCGUGUGCAGAUUUGGAGGGAACAUCAGAAGCAAAAAAUGAAAAUCAAAUAAUUCAAUCAACUCUCGAACAUGUUGAAGAAAUAUUUCGAAUUGUUCGUCCACGUAAUUUACUCUAUAUUGCUCUUGAUGGUGUUUCACCCAAAGCGAAAAUGCAUCAUCAACGUGUAAGCCUUUGGCUAUAUGCCAAAAACCAUGUCGCUAAAAAUGAACAAUUCACUAAAUGUGAUAUAAAGCCAGGUACAAUGUUUAUGUCAAGAUUUUCGAAUGAACUACGAUCAUAUAUUAAUAAGCGUAUGAAUAAGGAUCCAGAUUGGGAUAGGAUCACAGUAAUCCUGUCAGAUGCAAAUGUACCUGGUGAAGGUGAGCACAAAAUAAUGGAUUUUAUACGGGCACAAAAACCUCAAAAUGUCGCUACAAAUCAUGUUAUAUUCAGUACCGACUCUGAUAUGGUACUACUUGCUUUAACGCUUCAUUUCAAUAAUAUCAGAAUAAUGCGUCGCAGAGAAAAUCAAUACACAUUUGUCGACGUGAGGAAUUUACGUGAAAACAUACGAAUGGAUUUCAAGGUGCCAGUAACGAAUCUACAGCCGGAAAGAAUAAUCGAUGACUGGGUGCUCAUGUGUUUUUUGGCAGGAAAUGAUUUUCUUCCUGAUAUACCGUUCAUUGACUUCGAUAGACCUAAUCAAAUCGAAAUACUUAUGAACAUUUACGAAAAAUACAUACUCACACAGCAUCAAUAUUUAACUGACGGUCCGGAACUCAAACUAGAACAAUUAAAAAUUCUUUUGAAGCAUAUUGGCGACCAUGAAAGAACUACAGUUUUGAAUAUUCUGCAGCAGGAUAAAACACUGUCCUUCUUUUCAUUAGAUGAUAGCAAAGAACAAGAACUAAGUAAUAGGUCAUUACCAGCAAGCUUGCGCCCGCCAUCAUUUCAGAAAUCACGAAAUUCAACAUCUGAUGACGCGAAUCAAGCCAGAGCAGUUGCAUCGUCGACGACAGUGAAAAGUAAUAUCUCGCAUGAUUCUGAGCUGUCAUACCGAAAUGAUUGGUAUCGACGAAAAUUCAAUGUCAACCACAACAAAUUAGAAGAACUCUCUAUCAAAGUGGGCAAAAGUUACAUUGACGGUUUACGUUGGAUGCUUUGGUAUUAUCACCAGGGUGUACCAUCAUGGGACUGAUAUGUUUCUGAGAUUCUUAAGAAAGAUUCACAACCGUUGAGACCAUUAGAACAAAUGAUGGCUACAUUUCCUUCAGCAUAUGCACGUUAUCUUCCCAAUAACUGGCAACCAUUGAGGUUGAAUCACUCAGGUAUUUCUAAUAUUUAUUCAUUGAAUCCUAUUUCUGAUCCUAAUGGAAAACGUUAUGAAAAUCAGCACGUUGUUCCGCUGCCAUUCGUCGAUGAGGAGCGUUUAUUCCAAGCUCUCAGCUCGAUCGAUUCGACUUUGUCAGCAGACGAACAAAUACGCAAUAGACAUGAUGAUGAUCGUUUAUUUAUCCAUCCAACAAACCCACAUUAUCAAGAGUUUAAUAAUCUAUAUACAAAUAAUGAAAAUUAA